CGCCGGCAGGCUGGCCGCUCUGGUCGGUGUGGCGGCGUUAGUGUUGGAGGGAGCCGACUCCUGCUUCCCUAGCCUCAGUGAAUGUUUCGGGCAGUUCCAGCUUUUCCUGCAUACGGUUUGCACUCUGAGUGGAAAUCCAGAGGAAGAGACGCGGUGGCCGAACCCUUGAUGAUGCAACUGCAGAAAAACAGGACUGACAUACAGAGUAUUGAUGCAGUGAUCCUUGGUUUUAAGAAUGGAGAACUCACUGCAGGAGAGAUCACUGUGGGGCCAUCCUUCGGACGAGCCAUCUCAGGAGCCCCUAACCGGACCGCAGGACCUGUCUGCCAUGAUAUCUUAUAAAGAACAAGAAUCUGUGACCUUCAAAGAUGUAGCUGUAGACUUUACCCAGGAAGAGUGGGCCCUAAUGGACACAUCUCAGAGAACACUGUACAGAGAUGUGACGCUGGAGAACAUUAGUCAUCUGGUCUCUGUGGGCAUGAAAAACAGCCAUAACAAGCAAGAAAUAAUAUCUAUGCAAGAUAUCUGCACGAAGGACCCCCCUAACUGCUGGACAGUACAGAAAUGUCACGCAGGAGAAGACCUGUCUUUAUAUAGUGGAUAUGAUGACAUCUUCACUCACACCUACACAUUGACUCAACAUGUCUUAACUCACACUGUACGGAAACCUUAUAAAUGUAAUGAAUGUGGAAAACAUUUCACCCGAAAUGCCAACCUUCAUACCCAUAAAAUAAGUCACACAGGAGAGAAUCCAUUUGCUUGUACUCAGUGUGGGAGGCGCUUCAGGUAUUUUUCAUCUUUAACUAGACAUAAGCGAAUUCAUACAGGAGAGAAGCCUUAUGAAUGUCGUCUGUGUGGGAAAAACUUUGUUCGAAGUUCCAUUAAACGACAUGAGAGAACUCACACUGGAGAGAAACCAUAUAAAUGUCAUCUAUGUGGAAAAGGCUUCGUGACAAGGUCUAAUCUUCGAGAACAUGAGAGAACACACACUGGAGAGAAACCAUAUACGUGUCAUCAGUGUGGAAAAGCUUUUGUUACAAGCUCUAAUCUUCGAGAACAUGAGAGAACUCACAGUGGAGAGAAACCAUAUAAAUGUCAUCUAUGUGGAAAAGCCUUUGUUCAGAGCUCUUGUCUUAGAGACCAUGAAAGAAUUCAUACUGGAGAGAAACCAUAUAAAUGUCCUAUAUGUGGAAGAGCCUUUGUUACAAGUUCUUGUCUUCGAAAACAUGAGAGAACUCACACUGGAGAGAGACCAUAUGCAUGUCAUCUAUGUGGAAAAGCCUUUAUUCAAAGCUCUAAUCUGAGAGACCAUGAGAGAACUCACACUGGAGAGAAACCAUAUACAUGUCAUCUAUGUGGAAAAGCCUUUGUUCAAAGCUCUUGUCUUCGAAAACAUGAGAGAGCUCACACUGGAGAGGAACAAUAUAUAUGUCACCUCUGUGGAAAAGCCUUUGUUACAAACUCUGAUCUCAGAGACCAUGAGGGAACUCACACUGGAGAGGAACAAUAUAUAUGUCCUCUCUGUGGAAAAGCCUUUGUUACAAGCUCUGAUCUCAGAGACCAUGAGGGAACUCACACUGGAGAGGAACAAUACAUAUGUCAUCUUUGUGGAAAAGCCUUUGUUACAAGCUCUGAUCUUAGAGACCAUGAGGGAACUCACACUGGAGAGGAACAAUAUAUAUGUCAUUUAUGUGGAAAAGCCUUUGUUACAAGAUCUGAUCUUAGAGACCAUGAGGGAACUCACACUGGAGAGGAACAAUAUAUAUGUCAUCUAUGUGGAAAAACCUUUGUUACAAGAUCUGAUCUUAGAGACCAUGAGGUUACUCACACUGGAGAGGAACCAUAUCCAUGUCAUCUGUGUGGAAAAGCCUUUGUUACAAGAUCUGAUCUUAGAGACCAUGAGGGAACUCACUUUAAUUAUAGUGAAUGAACACGGAAGUGCCUUCAGCCACAGCUCUAAUCUAAAAUCAACCAGAAGACUCAUGUGGGGGAAGUUCUAUGGCCAUAUGCAUUAUGGACAUGCAUUUAUUUUUAAUUUACUCUUACACAACACGAGUGAACUGCAUUUGGAGGAACCCUAUAUUUAUAUUCAAGGAGGAAGAGACAUUAGCUGGUCUCUGAUCAUGGGGUGCACAAGAAAAUCAAGUAUGAAUAAUAAUCUAAUCUCCCAUAUAUGGGAAAUUACACAGGAAAAUCUUUACAGAAGGAGAUCACUCCAGGAGAAAAACUGAAAAAUUAAUGCUGGAGAACUUAAUCAUUGUUAUAUGCAUGAAAAAAAACUUGACUAGUAGAAACAUUAUUGUAGGCAUGUGAAGUUUCACACUCUAUAUAUAGUGAAUGAAUGGAAGUCUUCAUUGAUUUUUAAUUCCUUAGUCAAUAUGUAGUUUCUCACACUGUAUAUAUACCAUUGCUAAAUUCAGAUGAAAGGUUAGACUUUGCAUUAGAAAUCCCUAACUAGGAAAAACAUUUAUCAAGAAGGUCUUAAUACAGUUUAGACAUUAAUUUGUAAUUUUACCUGACAACCUAUUAUUAUAAAAAUGUAAGAAAAGUACGUAGGACUGACAUCAUCUGGGAAUUCUAAAUUCAGAAUUUUGUAACAAUGACUUGUUUUCAAUUGGAGUAUUUCUUGGAACUGCAUAUGAAGCAAAGGUGUUGCUAAAAAGUCCAUGAUGUUGGUCAGGACCUAUUUUUCAUGCAGCAGUAGUAAAUAUGAUGGUUGGACUCAACUAGAAAGUAUCUUUAAAUAUUAAAAUGAAAAACAACACAUGAUGCGUCAUUACUACAUAUUGUUAACCAUGUAUGUAGGUUGUAAUGAUGAAUUAAAGAUUGUUACAUAGAUA